GAGUCCAGAACUGAGAAGGAGGUGUGGUUGUUUUUCCAGGGUUUAAGCAGAGCUUCUACUUUUACGCAGUUUGAGCUGGGAAGCAAACUUCAUCCGACAUGCAGGUAAUAAAGAGUCUGUUGGGCAGCUGGGGGCUCAUGCUGAUGCUUCAGUUUUGCUGCUUAAUCCAGGCUGAGGAAGCAGCUUUUCCUGAAGACUGCACGCAAAUUAAGAAAAACUCUUCACAAGAACCCAGUGGAGUUUAUGAGAUCCAGCCUGCGGGAGUCGAUACACACUUUAAGGUGUACUGUGAGAUGGGGCAGAAUGAAGGGUGGAUAGUUAUUCAAAGACGGACAGGAGGACAAGAGUCUUUUCACAGAGAAUGGGAAGAAUACAAACGUGGUUUUGGAUCCCUGGCAAAUGACCAUUGGCUUGGACUGGAGAAAGUCCAUCUUUUGACCAAGAACAAAACUAAAAAGUGGACUUUGAAGGUGGACCUGUGGGACCAUGAAGGUGGCAUGGCUUUUGCUGAAUACAAUAACUUUACUCUUGGAGAUGAGCAAAAAGCUUAUAAACUGGAGGUUGGAAGAUAUAGUGGAAAUGCAGGUGACGCUAUCCGUGGUUCCAAGCCCCGCAUGGACCAGAAUGGCUUUGGCUUUAGUACCAUCGACAGCGACCAUGACGGCUGCUCCCCUUGCAUCUUCGAUGACAUUGCAGAAGAAGAAUGUGCCGCAUCAGAGGGGGGAGGUUGGUGGUACAGUCGAUGUGGCUCUGCAGCUCUAAACGGUGACUGGCAUCCUUCUGGGGACCACAUCUAUUGGGUUUCUGGCCUUCACUGGCACACCUGGAAACCAGUUCCUUAUUCAGCAAAGGCAACCAGAAUGAUGAUAAAACCCGAGUGAUUCCAUAUGCCCGUCCCAUUUUACCCCUUUGCAUAUUUAGAUUACGGAUUAAUUUUGUGAUCAGAUAUUCUCUUGUGUUUAGCACAUUGUGAGACAGGAAAAAUAAAACCUUUUGUGCUUUUAA